UGUACCUACUGCCACUGCGAACACGUACACAUCCUCAUAACAUUUCCAUCAAUUAUCUGAUAGCCCAGAUGACCCAGUCCAUCCCCCACACCUCAUCGAACAGUUCCACUGCAAUACAAACGCACGCUGCCUCUCUCCCAUACAGGCCCAUCACGCCUUCGCCGAGUGUGGGUCCUGGAGUUGCACACGAUUCGGUCCCAACGCAAGAUGGCUAUUACCCAUCUGCGGUAGCCGAUGUCCCGCGUGCUACCCAUGUUGAUUCAUACCCACCAGCUGCGGCUACCCCUCCCACACAACAACAAUCUGCGCCCCUCUCGUACGAUCAACCCUUCCUAUCGAGUUCUUCUCCAGGGAGCACGACCCAUUACGCUCCACAGCCUCCGUCCUCUCUGUUGCCAGAGACCAUCCUCGCAGAGGCCGCUGAAGACCCAAAUGUCUGGAGUCUCAUCAAUGAGUCGGGGGGCAUUUUGGAUCCCGAACUUCUUAUCUACGAAUAUCUUGCAGAUGCUGCCGAAGACCCUUAUUUUUGCAAGUUUCCAAUCAGGACCCUUUUGAUAUGUUCUUGGCUAAACAUUUCUUAUGGGAACGCUCUAUACCAACGAUCUCCCUCUGAAUUAGUACCUCUCUCUUCUGCUUUCAUCAACAACGAGAUGUAGAGUUCAUUUCAUAUUUCACUUCUGUAUCACCUAUCUACCGUCCUUUCCAUGGUUUACUCUCUGCUGUCGCCUAUUCAUGUAUAGCAUCACACAUACUAUGCCAAUAUAGCUACCUUUCGUUCAUUUAAA